UAAAGUCCAACCAAAACGAAAGUGAAACCGACGUCAGUUGAUUGUUGGACAUUGUUGAUCUAAGAGAAAAUGUUUUCUGUUAUUAAGCAUCCUCUUGUAACCGGAUUGAGACGGAUGUUUAUCUUAGUGUCACCGAACGAAACAUCAUUUGAGAAGUUAGAAGACGUCCCAAAUUACGUUGAUGAGGCUGUUCCCUAUUUCAUUGCUUUGAUUAUCAUGGAAUGGAGUGUUUUGUACCUGAGAGGAGGGAACUUGCCACGAUUGAAUGAUAGUCUCAGCUCACUAUCACAUGGACUACUGUCUCUACUUCACAGUUUACUGUUCAGAUCAACAGAGCUGGCUGCAUUUAUGUGGGCAUACACACAUUUCAACAUUAUCACGUUGCCAUGGAACAAUCCUAUCACCUGGUUCACAUGCCUGUUGGCUGUAGAUUUUGCUUACUACUGGGUACAUAGAUUUGGACAUGAGGUGAAUUUUAUGUGGGCAGGCCAUCAGACUCACCAUAAUUCAGAGGAUUUUAACCUUUCUACAGCUCUUAGACAGUCUUUUGCUCAUAGAUACUCUAACUGGGUAUUUUAUGUGCCAUUAGCACUUUUUCUGCCACCAUCAAUAUUUCUGGUCCACAACCAGUUUAACCUGAUUUACCAGUUCUGGGUACAUACUGAGACAAUAGGCAAGUUGGGCCCACUAGAAUGGAUUUUGAGCACACCCAGUCACCACCGUGUUCAUCAUGGCAGAAAUCCAUACUGUAUUGAUAAAAAUUAUGGUGGAGUGUUCAUUAUAUGGGAUAGAUUGUUUGGAACAUUUGAAGGUGAGAAAGAUGAAGAGAAAGUUGUAUAUGGACUGGUACAUAACAUCAACUCGUGGGAACCAGUCUAUGCACAGCUACACCAUUUCAUAUAUGUGAUAAAGACUGCAUGGAACAUUGAUGGAUUAUCCAACAAACUAUCAGUUAUAUUUAAAGGUCCUGGUUGGUCUCCUGGUAAACCAAGGUUAGGCUGUGUAGAAGAUAUUCCACAGGUGGAACCAAGUCCAGUCAAAUAUGAUAGUAAUAUAUCAGUUUGGAAGGCAAUAUAUAUCUGGACUCACUUUCUGAUACUGCUGUUGUUUUGGCAACCUGGUCUCUCAAUGCAUAAACAGAUUCUGUCAACAUCAUACCUGAGUAUGAAUAUAGCGUACAUUGUUUUCACCCUGUUUGUAUUUGGAUGUAUGUAUGAUAAAAGGUCCUACUCAGAUGAGUUGGAGAUGAUAAGGAGUGUGAUAUUUGUUGUUGCCUGGCAACUAGGUGCCACUAUGCCUGUGAGUGGAACCAUCUGUGGUUUGUACCUGGCUUCAGCAGUGUGCUGGGUAGCAGUUGUUGCACUCAAUAAAACAGCAGUGAAGAACAAAGAGAAAUAGGACUGUAUGGGACUUUGCAUCAAGAUCUUAUACAUGUACCUGAACUGUCUUAAAUGUUAUGAAAAUAGAUUGUUAAUUUCAUGACUUUGCAAUGGUUUUAGGCAAAUACUCAUUUUGCCUAUGCAACAUUUCCACUUGCAACAUCUUCACAUUGUGUGCAAUAUCCUGUAUUAGGGAAAACUUAAAUAGUUUCACGAGAUUUAUAGUUUCUUUUAUAUUUUGAUUUAUUAUACCUCACUGUUGUCUACAAUGGUAAAAUCCCAUUACCCGAAAAAGAGAUAUUUUGACUAUCAGAAACAUUUUCAACCUUUUUGACACGUGACCAAGCGAAAGUGACUGUCAGGUCAUGUGACCGCGCUGAUAUUUUGAAUGUCAUAUAAGGGCAAAUAACUGCUUCAAUUUUAUGGCCAAAUGAUUGCCUCCCUUGUACAAAAUGUCAUAUUGUAAUGACGUCACUAUUUAAUGUGUACACAGGUGAUUACCGGGCUAAAGAUGAAACUGUUGAAUGAGAUGAAUUAAAAACAUUUUUAAAACAUUAUUAUGUGCUUAAUUUUGUUCGUUAUAAUAAAAUAAAUAUCAUAUGCCAGCAUAUGUGACAUUGAUAUUGUCAACCCUCGAAACAGAAUGUCACCACUUGGCUUUCGCCUCGGGUGACAUUCUGCCCUCGGGUUGACAAUAUCAAUGUCACACACGCUGCCAUAUGAUAUUUAUAUAAUGAAUGUGUACUGGUAUUUAUGUUAUGUAUGUGAUAGAAAUUAUGUAAAUCUUCCCUUAUUUCAGAAAUAAUAUAGAUCUAUUGCAAAAUAAUUUUUUGGUAUAUUUUUAAACAUGACAAAGAGGUUAUAUGCCUGCAGAAUGAUAUAAUGAGGGCACAACUCAAGUAACUUAUUCUACAUGGUAUAAAAUUGUUUUGAAGUUUAAAUAAAUAUAUGAAAAUAUGUUUCUACUGUUUCCCAUUCUCAUAAUGUCAUUGUGAUGUCAGUAUUGUUGUUUUAAUGAAAAUAAACAUGAUAUUUUCAUAUUGGCAUGAAAUAUAAAUUUCAGUAAGAUUUUCUGAUUAUUUAUGAUUAAUGUUCAUCUACAUUCAAGUGUAGCUCUGUACCACUGAAAAAUAUAUCACAUAUUUCUUUCUUAGGAAUUUUUUGGGUUGGCACUAAUAUUUACUCUUGCCUGUAUGCCUAUCUGUCUGAAUGUGUGCCAUGCAUAUAUCAAAUAAAGAAUUUGACCUAGAGUCGUCAAACUUCAUAGUAUUGUUAUUCAGCAUGUGAAAUUUGGCACAUGGGAUUUUGUUUGGGGUUUCAUUCGGCAGCUAGAACAAGAGUUAUGGCCCUUGACAGUCAUAAAAGGUUAAUUCAGAAAAGGUUAAUACAUGGCCAGAACGCUUGCGUCUCAAGUUGUUCAAAAAGUAUUUAACCUAGAGUGAUAAAACAUUGAUUUUAUAUAGCAUGUGAAGUUGUGCACAUGGGGUUAUGUUUUGAAUUUCACUUAGUUGGGAGUUACGAGAUGACUCAACUUAGUAAAAACUUUGUAUAAAAGGCUUUAAAGUUUGUGUCGCACAUACCUCAAAAAGUAUUUGAGCUAAAGUUAUGAAACCAUACAGGAAUAUUAUUCAGAUGUGAAGUUUUGCGCUUGAAUUAUGUGGAUUUUUUUUUUUUUUUUAAUAUUUUUUUUAUUUUUAUCAAAAAUCUUAAGAUCUACCUUUUUGCAUGCGUAUGUUGUCUUUUUCACAAUUUUAUGCAAAACAUGCAUUUAGACAGGAUUAAGGUGCUCACUUCAAGUUUUCAUUUGAAAUACUGUGAAAUCAUUAAUAUUCGUAGGGGACUAAUUUUCAUGGUUGAGACAAUCCACGAAAUUUAAUCCCAACGAACAUGUAAAAUUGCCAUUCAUUUUAUGUUCAAAAGUUGAAAUCCACGAAUUCAUAUCCCCACGAAAUUGCCAUUUUGACUGAAACCACGAAAUUUCAUGCCCAGGAAAUUAAAUGAUUUUACAGUAUAACAUGUAUAUAAUUAUUAAUUUUUGGUUCUUAAGAUUAUACAACAUUUUCAUUAAGUGUUGUUUUACAGGAUAAAAUUAAUUUAAAAAUGAUGUUUGUUGUUGCAAAUUUCAAAUAACAGAUACACAUGAUACUGUGGCUAUGCUUUGCUUUUCUCUAUUUUAUAGGAAAUUUCAGAUGAACUGUUUUCUUUAUAUAAGAAGCCAGGAUAUGUAUAAAAGAAUUGUUAUAUUUGGUUAGAUUGAAGUAAGGACCACAUAGCAGAUUUGAAAUUUUGUUAGAUGUUAACAAACAUUUUAAACAUUGUUUUUAGGCAUUUUGUGUUUGACUUACUAACAUACCAUUUCAUUAGUUGUUAAAAUAAAAUCAAAGCAAGUCUUGCAAUUUGCCACUUAACACAGAAAAAUGUGUUUUUAUAACAUGUUGAACUCUAGUUUUUAUGUAUUGUAUUAUCUGUGAUAAAAUUCAUUUAAAUCUGUGAUUUUAGUAUAUAUAUAUAUAUAGGAUAGUUUCGGUUUGUUACAGUGGAAUACUGAAAUAUUUUUCAACAAGUGAGCAUCAAUAUGUUCUCAUGUGGAGAAGCCGUAAAUGAGCAUGUGAUAAUAGCUUGGAUCCAACGUGAAAAUUACAUGAUCUGCAAUACAGUCAAAUUUUGUUAGCUUGAACUAAACAGGACAGGCAAAAUUAGUGAAGAGUUAUUUGUAGUUUGAGUGUUGGAACAAUAUACAUUAUAUAGGGAUUUUCCCAGGACCUGACGAUCAGUUCUGAUGAAGGGUAGUCUUCGAAUUAUCUGAGUUCAAAAGAAGAAAGUUUGACUGUAUUCUGUUUCUUGAUAGUGUAGAUACUUUUAACCAAGAAUUUACAUAUAAGUAUAUAAGUAUUGUUUUGACAUAAACACAUAUAACAGAACCCUUUGAAUUAUCAGUUGCAUUCCAUAUACUUCCAUUGUAAAGGCAAAUCCAUCAGCUCCUUACCAUGCUGAACACCAUUGGUUCUGCCUUUGUGACCAGUGUAGAUCAUGAUCAGCCUUCGCUAUUCACACAGUAUCUUUUUGGUAAACAUCCCUUUAAAUAGUUAAUGGUACUGCCCAAAUUGGAAGAUGGACAAGUUCAUUAUAGAAAUUUAGCAGGGUAAGGAUUAAUGGGAUAAGUGUAAAAUGCUGUACAUGAAUUUGUAAUGUGUCUGUAACCAAGUAAUAAUGCCAAACACUAAGAAAUAAUAGAAGAAAUUUUACCAUGUCUAAAUAAUUUCAGAAGCUGCUAGACAUGACAGAAGUCAGAGAUGUAUUCUUUCAAAGGGAGAAAUUUAUCAAGAUUUUCAAUUAAAUUAUGAUGUUUUAAGAUAUAUAGGCUGGUUUUAUGAUAUAUUGGUGGGCUUUAUUAAACAGCCAAUAAAGAAUUGUUAAAUGUGAAUAGUUUCUUUCAAUUUGUUGAUAUUGUCUCCACAUAAAAUACAGGGUUGCAAUAAAGUUCUUUAUUUGUUUA